UCGUCAAUGAAAUGGUGGCUUUAAAAACCCGAUGACGUAAAAUGAUCCGAGGGUGGUGUUUUUGUGUCGAGCGACUGGGACUGGACGGACGGUGAUCGUCAUCAAUAGUCCCCCACCUGAUUGGUGGAUACAUUUUUAUUGGACUUGGAGAUUUAACGAACCAACAACAAGGUACAAAAUUCAUCAGCACAUCGACAUACAUACAAAGAAAAAUACCAAGUCCAAGAGCGAUUGCCAGUUAUCUCUCGACUUGAUAUAAUAGUCGUCUCAUGCCCAGCGUGGAGAUUGUCAUUGAUUUAUUCAGAGCAACAAUUUCAGCAGCAGCAGUCUGGUUAUUAAACGUCACUUGAGUGAAGAAUAAUACCAACAGGUGCCAGAAAACCAACAGAUUUUUAUAAAUUACUCGUUGACAAGCAGGAUGACAAUGGCAGCUUAUGGACUCAGGAACUCAGCCAUCACUACUAUUUUUUUCGACCUGGACAACACGCUGAUCGAGACAAGAAAGGGAGACAGUUUAGCUUGUAAAAAGCAAAUAUAGUGUGCGUGGAAACCAAUAAACCAAUCGCAAUACAUAAAACCUUGAAGAGAAGUAGACGAAAGGGCGCGAGAGGUCAUGUCAUGUCGUCAGCAACUUCACGAUCAUGUGCGCACAAUGCAGGCAGUAACCUCGUGUUUACUACUUUGGUAAUUUAUUAAAAAAUGCGAUUUAAAUAAAAAAAAAAAUACUCGUUUACGUUUUAUAUAUUAUUAAUUAAAACAUGAUUGAUUGAUUGAUUGAUUGAUUUACUGAUUUGAUAUUUAUUUGAAUAUUUAACGGGAGUUUUAAAUAUUUCGAUAAAAAAAAUUUGUCACAGUGCGCGGCGCGUAAUAUAAAAGUUUGUUUUCUCGUUUUGACGAUUGAGUUUUAGUUUUAGUUUUAGUUUUAGUUUAUCGACGUGCCGCGAAUUCGCUGAAACAACUGAACUCAAGUUCGAAGAGUUUUGAGCAGAGAGUCAAGAACCCGCGGCUGAGAACCGAGGAUUUUAUAGUGAGGAACUAAAAUAGAACAAGAGAACAGUCUGUGUAACUUGAUACGGUUUCCUGAUAUAGCUGUUUCUUGAUAAACCAACCACGUCGACGGUUAACGACGAAGACUAUUUUAGACGGAGAAUAUCCGACGGAUACUCAAAAGUCUUAAUUGUAGAUAAGGAACUACGGAUAGUUGGUUGCUGAAGAAAACGAUAAACAAAAGUAAGACUGAGACUGAGAAUAAGAAUCAGAGUAAAAAUAAAAGUUGGAGGCUGUGUAGUGAAAUCUUUACUUGGUCUAUUUAUCAUUUAUAUUUUAGUAACUUAUACUAUACUAGUUCUCCUGCUGAUGUUUUAUACAACUCGGGUGAGUGCGACAAGUUAUUUUUAACACCACUACUUAGACACCACGUAUUCAAAUUAUUUUUCGUGAGAAAUCAAGUCAGUUAAGAGGAUUACCAGCAAACGUUUCAGUCGUCGUCGACAACGUAUUGCUUUUCAUUUAUAUUGGAGAUUGAAGAUAAAGAACACGAAGAUUAGAGUGAGAGUUAAUUGUUUUUUUAUUGGGUGAUAAAAAGAUAAUUUGAGAGCAUCAAAGGACAAGGCUAGAACGUACGUUGUUGGGAGUGAUGCCAAUUGGCUUUGAAUCCAUUUUAAUUUAAUUCGAAAGUGGUUAAAUUAUAAAACUUUAUUUUGUUUCAUUGUGCUGUUGGCAUUUACUUGAAUUUAAACUCGUCAACGAGGAAAACCUGGAAAUUAAGUGGAAAUUAAGUAAUAAAUUUCUGUACUUGGGUUUUUACUUUAAAUUGUCAAGAUGAGUAUCCCGGAAGGAGUGACCAAGUGCGUUGGGAUUCUCAAGAUGGUGACGAGCGAUUCGGAAAAAUUUGCGGCACUUUUUAUGGUGACUAAGCUGGUGGACAGCAAAGACUGCAGCUCAGAGGCCAAGAAAAUGAUCUUCGAAGCUAUUGGGUCAAAGUUUUUGCGGCGAUUGUUGGUCAGCAAUGAUGUACCGGUUGAUUGUCCGCCGCAGGUCUACAAAUCGGUUGCGUUGUCAAUUCUCACGGCCUUUUGCAGCGACCCGGAGCUGGCUCGCCACCCGGACAUGGUCGCACAUGUGCCAGCGCUGCUGGAAAUCGUCUCUCAAGCUGACGAAGACGCUCCUGAUGACACUCUGAUUAUUGUAAGUGAGGCGUACAGGUGCCUGCAGAGCAUAGCGCAGCAUCCGGCUGGACAGAAGGCUCUGCUUGAGCAGAAAGCAAUUUCCAAGAUGUGUGAAAUAUAUUCUGAGAAGAGUUUCCAGACAGACCAGGCGCUGAACAUCCUGGUGACUUUGGUGAGUCAGUUGGGAGCAGAAGCUUGGGAUCCCGUUGACCCGGCGCCUUUCCACGCGAUCAUGAAUAAAAUAGCACUGGACUUUGAGACAGAUCAUUCAGAGAGAAAGUUUGAAUUGUGUGGUAUUUUACAAGCUCUGAUAAAUUCAUGCCGCAAGGAACAAGUUGUAGACACGUGCAAAGAAGAAUCAUGGCCUCAGAGUCUGUACAAAGGACUCUGUGAUGUUCUUGGUUCUAAGAUUGGUAAAAAUCAGCGAGAUCCGGCGUUAAAAUUGGCCUCAGCUGUACUCGAAUUGUUCGGAGUUGAAUGGGCACUUAUGGAUGAAGAGAAGCCCAAGGUGUUCUUUUUAUUAUUAAUUCAAUUGGCGUCUAUUGAAGUGCGAAUGCAACUUGAAGGCAAGCAAUUGAAAGCCGUUAUUCAAAAUGCCGAUUUAAUAACAGCCUGUUUUAUUAUUUUGGAAGUAUCUUUGCAGUACAUCACCACAGACCAAUUGGACUUGGAGCAAAAAGAAAAACAGUCAUUGUAUACUGCACUGAAGGGAGCAUUUUCUGCGGUUAUUGGUUUGCUUACUUCGGUUUCGAAAAUGAAAGAGCUCACGGACAUAAAAGAUAAAAUAUUUGUCUGUGCAAUGGUAAGAGUUUUAGCCGCCUGGUUGGUUCAAGAUACCUCAUCAAUGCGUCCUCAAGUGUACGCCGUUCUUCCUUACAUGCUCACCGUCGCCAAGGAUACGUUUUACGCCUGCCGCAAUCGUAAGAUGUCGGAAAAAGUAAAAGCCAAUAAAUCUGAUGAGUCUUCAUCGUCCUCUGAACCUGUCGUUCAUGAUCCUCUCAGCGAAGUCGACAUCCUCCGAGUUCUGCUGCCGGCUUUGUGUCAUCUGGCGGUUGAAGAAGACGCCCGCAAGAUUCUGCUCAAACACAAGCAGGAAGAAAUUCUCUUUGACUGUCUGUCUUAUCACUGGACAAUAGUGCAAAAUAAAAAACCACCGGUACCCAGGUCUGAGCGUCUCAAGGCAAUAAAAGAACCGCAGAAAGAACUGGAGCCCCGAGUCCUGGAGGAAAUGAACGACUCACGCGCUGCCAUGGUCUCCAUCUGCAAUGUCCUCAUGAACAUCACAGUACUCGAGGCUAAAUUGGUCGAGCAGUCGGCCACUUUCGUGGCUCUGCUCAAGUUCAUCUUCGACAAUCUGCCGAUACUCAAGCAGACCAGCGAGAACCUGGUCCUUCAUGGUCAUCUUGCUGUCCUGGGUCUGCUGCUGCUCAAACAGCAGGCGAAGCUCGCCAAGAAAAAUGACUACAGCAUCACCGGGUACAUCAGAGCCACAAUAAGAUUCCUCUGGGAUGCUUACAACGUCGACGAGAGCAACAACCCCACGGAACUGGUCGUCGCAAUAUCUUACAAGGAACACUGGAUGGAGAUAAUGGAGCUCUGGUUCCUGGGCAUGCAGACAAUGGCCAGUGUUUUGCAGCAGAUUCCCUGGCUCGCGGAGUUCGCCAUCGAGUCCGGGUGGGUCGAGGGCAUCAUCGACGUACUCAAAAAGGUCAAAAUAGGCUCACUGCCUCCCAAUGUUAAAUCUGCGUAUGAAGAUCUACUUUGUCAUCUGGUGAAAGCUGAUCCCAAGGUCGCCUCCGAGCUUAAGAAAUACGACGCACUUACUGUCUGCAGAAAUCACCGUAUGAUGGAGUUGGGAAAAAGUUUAUUCGGCGAUUAAUUUUCUAUCAAUCAAUUUUUUUUUUUCUUUCAUUAACAAGAGUAAUUAAGAGAAUUUAAAAAAAUGUUUUUGACACUGGCUUUUAAAAUAUUAAUACUAGCUAGUGGUAGCAUUUAUAUAUAUAUUUAAAUAUUUAAUUAUAAAUUAAAUAAUUAAUGUUAUUAAUAAAUAGUCAUAAUUAAUUUGUUGAUUUUUUUAAAAAUAUUACAGGUCAUACAUUUAAAAAUAUGUACAUUGGUCAUAAAUAUUUUAAUAACACAUCAGACCUAUAAAUAGUUCCUGGCAACUGAGACGCUGCUAAAAAUAUUAUUUAUUUAAAUAUCAAAAGUGUAAACUCAUAUUUAUUAUAUUUUAUAAAUAUUUAGUUUACCUAUUAAUUAAAAAUUCAAUUAACUUUAAUAAUUAUUUCAUGCAAAAAAAAUUAGCAUCGUUUCCAGUGCUAUUUUGUCAUCACUCUGAUGUCAUUUAAAAAAAAUCAAGAUUUAAAAUAAACAAAAAUUUUUAUUAUGCCACAAAUUCAAAAAAAAAUGUACAUCAAAAAAUUGUUGUAAAAAAAAAUAAAAAGAGUGAGCUAGAACUGUAUCAAAAUAAAAAAAUUAAACGAAUGUUUUUUUAUAAAAAAAAUUGUGUAUCAUUAAUCCUCAAUAAUAAUCCUGCCUAAACAAUCUGUGCUAUAAACAAUUAAAAAUUGUUAAUUAGACUUAGUUGGAAGAAAUGAACAAAAGCAACUACCAAUUAAGUCUGUUGUUGGCACAACUGAUUUUGUUGU